UCACAAGUUAUUUUUCUAUGGUCAUGGUGUCAGAAGAAAGGAAGAUUUUCCAGAAAACAUAAAUAUUUUUAAAAACUUAUCAAAAAUAUAAUAGUGGAAAUAAUGGACGAAGAAAACGCAAACUCUACAAUCUAUGCAGUAUGUGUUGAAUUCUUGUCUGUCCUGGAUCAAUACUCAAUCAGCGACGAUUUACAUUGUGAAUUCAAGUUCAACGAUUAUAUUCCCCAAGACGGAGACAGAAUUACCCUCUUUAAAUUCGGCUGGAAUGACGCAAAGGACUAUUUACUUUUCGAAUGGGUUCCUUUUGGUUUAAAGGAGACACGAUAUUUUGUUACGUUUCCUAAAGACGUUUUGCCUAAAAACCAGCUACAACUCUAUCAAAUUUGUUAUAUAAAUGGCGAGAACGAAGUUAUGGGUGCUAGUACCCCGUUUCAGUUCAAUGCAGAACCUUCGGAGGUAAAACAGGAUUCAAAACCAACUAAUUUUGAUGUAACAGAUUCCAAAAUAAGUACAAAUAAAGACCAGGAGCUUUCAUUAUUAAAAGAAGAAAAUAUAAUGUUAAAAGACACAUUAAAAGCCCUGAUUUCGAAGAGAUUGAUAAAAAAUUACGAUCAGGAAAUAGCAGAGGUCAAAGAAUUAACAGAGAGUCUGAAAAAGAUGCUGUUAGAUCAUGAAAAAGAAAUAGAUAGUCUGAAAAGUAAGAUAAGACAAGGUGGUGAAGAAUUUAGGAAACUGUAUUUGGAGAAAGUUAAAGUCGAGAGAAAGUAUGAAAAACUAAGAAAUAAAACAAUAAAAGAAGAAAGAAAUAAAACCAUAGAGAGUAAUGAUAAAUUGUCUUUUGAUCUUGGCGAUUUGCCAUCGUUGCCACCGUUUGAUAUAAAACAUGUAAUAAGUUGAAAAGAAAGAUUUAAAAAUUGUUGUGUGUGGAUUAUUUGUAUAUAUUGAUGUUUUUUUGGUUCUAUCUCUGUGUGCAAUUUUAUUUAUUGUGUUUAAAAAAAAGAUAAUAUACUAAUUAUUGUGAAUAUUUCAUUCUAGUUUCCUAAUAUUAUAUUUAUUUAAGUCAAUUCAAUAAAGGCGAAAUUUAAAGUA